AUGUCCGAAAAACACACAUCUCUCGCCGACCUCCAUUCAGAAAAUGGAAUCGCUGAAAACAACGGUGAUAUGGAGAGAAAUGAUUCCUGGGAAAACCAAAAUGCGAUGAAAGUUCCGCAAAGAUCAAACUCGAUGCCUGAAGCUAUGAGAAGAUAUCUUGGGCAAACACCAGACGAAGAGGGUGUAGUGGUAUAUUCGAGGUCUCGUGAAUGA